GAUUCCAAAGGCACAACAUUUUUGUAGCUCAAGCAACAUUUUUAGGAUGGACAAACAUCGCAGUAUACUCUGGUGUAAUGAUCAGCUCUCAAGAGGUUUCAUUAACACACAGUAUCUGUACAAGCAGACGAAAAGAAAUCUAGACUUUGUCCGACGCCUUGCAGUUGACAGGAAACUGGACGUCCACAAUGGAUGUGUCAACACCAUAUGCUGGAAUGAUGUUGGAAAUUACAUACUGUCGGGCUCAGAUGAUCAACAUUUGAUCAUCACCAACCCAUUCACGAAGAAGGUUGCUGCGUCCAUCCAUUCUGGUCACCGGGCAAACAUUUUCAGUGCAAAGUUUCUCCCUAAUACACGGGACAAUCAUAUUAUCUCUUGUUCGGGGGAUGGAAUCGUAUGCUUCACCAAUGUUGAAAGGGAAGACAGCUAUGGGGAUCAUACGUUUGAUUGUCACCUUGGAACUGCCUAUGAAGUGAUGACCGUUCCAAAUGAUUCGCAUACUUUUCUGUCCUGUGGUGAGGAUGGGACGGUACGCUGGUUUGAUCUUCGCAUCAAAGACAAGUGUGACAAGCCAGAUUGCAGAGAGGAUGUGAUGAUAAACUGCCGACGGGCCGUAACUGCGCUCGGUAUCAAUCCUCUGGCACCGUAUCAGCUAGCCGUCGGCUGCAGUGACAGCUCAGUGAGGAUGUUCGACAGGAGAAUGCUCGGCACUAAGUCUACAGGGAAUUACACUGGUCGUGGUAUCACAGGCAUGUACAGCAGAUUCACAGCGCCUAACUUGGAAGGCAAAUCGCACCGAAUCACCUCCUUGGAAUUCAGCCAUGAUGGUCAUGAAGUCUUGGUUAGCUACUCAUCCGAGUAUAUCUAUCUUUUUAAUAUGAAGGAAGAUGCUAGGUUCCAGAAGUUCAGCACUAAGGAACCAGUGGCUCCUCCAAGUAUGGAGCGCCUUGAGGUCAGGGAGAAGCCAACUCCAACCACCUCUAUGUGUGAAGAUGUGUUACAAGUUGAAGAUGAUGAUCCUGAUCUUGGUCCCACUGGAGCUGAGGGUGCUGGUGGGUCCGAGAGACAACCGCCGAUCAAACGCCUGCGUCUUCGAGGUGAUUGGUCGGACACUGGACCACAGGCAAGACCAGAAAGUGAGCGCCAGCAAUCCUCUGCCGAUCGUCCUCAUACAAGUUUAAUGCAACGAAUGUCUGACAUGUUGACACGAUGGUUCGAUGACAACAACCGGCGUCAAUCCGGACCACGAGACCCUGAUGAAUCUCCCGGUGCUGACAAUCCGGCUGGUGGUGGCAAUCAGCCUGCUGCAGGAGGGGCCGGAUCAAAUGAAGGUGAAGAAACAGAUGUGGCACCACCAACUUCAAGUGAUGGGACUGGUGAUGAUGCAUGUGCCACCUCGUCACUUCCAAAUUUAAGACUUCCCGUUUCGCAGGGUAUCCCAGAAUCUUCAAGUUCUUCUGACAGUCUUUCUUCUCCAAGCACAGUUGUUGCAAUUACUCCUUGCAUUGAAAAGCGAUUGGUUACAGUUGAUGAAGACAUUGCCGAAGAACAGAGUCAACAUGAUAGCUCAACGUCAGAUAUCACGGAAUCGACACCAAUUAACACAGUGUCAGAAAACAUUACAAGUGACUCAGGUUCCACUGAACUUAAGGAGGACUCGGUUACAGAUAAUGGAGCAUCACCUUGUGAUCAAACUGAUACUUCACCCUCUCUUGGUCAGAAAAAACAACUAGCUUCGUCGUCGAGUUGUGAAGAAUCAGCCAGUUCAUCCACCUUGGAAGUUCUAGAAACAAUUAACAAUGAAGUCAGCUCAAUUCGUGAGCGAAUCCUCACUACUGAUGUUGAACCUGUUAUAAGUCUUGAGUAUAGUAGUGAAGGUACCACUGCUAGUACAAUCAAGGUUGGUUUCACCCCAUCGGAAGGUGUCAUUGACAUCGACAAUGAGCCUAUGCAAUCUACUAGUAUUAACUCUCGAGUGCCUCCUACGGUUUCACAUGGUGCUAAGACUGAGAAAUCUCAAUCUGUUGAUGUUAAAUCGGACAUUAUUUCAAGUCAAUAUGCUGCAUGCUCUGUGGACAUAGCAUCAGCAUCAAGCUCGUCCCAACUUGUUACUCAGUUGCCUGCCCACUCAUUGGGCACUCAGGAAAGUCUUGCUGAGAGGUCAGAGUCUGUCAGACCUGAGCUCGGCCCUUGGGAAACCGUCUCUGCCUUUGAAAUGAAAUUGGGAACUGCUAGUCCACUGCCAGAGUCUGACGUUACCAUGACCAGUGAUGAAAUUUGCAAGGAAAGUGACAAGAUUAUUUCAGAUGACAAACCAAUAAUGAAAGAGAUUAGAAAGAAUUUGGACAGUUCUAUAAAGGAUGCAAAUUCCUCUGGUCCAAAUGAACAUUGUGUGGUAUCAAUUGAUGCCAAAACAACUGGUGAAUGCUCAGCAAAGUCCCAAGGGUCAGAGUCAGAGACCAGAGAUUUGUCUCCCAUGGAGCAAGGAAGUGAAUGUCUAUCGGCCAUGGAGACUGACAGCUCUUGUGAGCCUAGCGUUGGAGGUCAUCCGCCUCUUUCACAAGAGGGGAAAGGGGACAAGGAAAAAAGGAAAGAUCUUGUUGACAAAAACGAUGGCUGUGAUAAAGACAAGGAAGCUGAUGCACUAGAGGGUGUGAAGUCUUCUGGCGUGGAAGGAGCACCCUCUGGUAGAAUUGAGAGAGCAGAGGAUGAUGAACUUGAUGAAACUGCAGGUCCGAGUGGAUCCCAGGAACCUCGGCAGAGAAGGAUAGGAUACAGUGGCCCACCUACUGGAAACUUUCAACUCUACUCUUCAACAGCUCGUCGUGGUGAUGACACGGAUGAUGAAAGUGAAGAUGAUGAUGUUGGGAAUCACAGAAUUCGAAGGGUAACCAAUUCACUUGCUUCGUUCUCGCACACUAGGGAAGGAGGUCGAUGGGCUACCGCCAAUGCCGUGGCUAAACGUCUGCAGCGAAUGUAUCGGAAGAGGCAGGAAGAGCGAGAGAAGGAGGAAGAUGCAAUGAGGAAUGUGCAUGAGCCUGCUGUCAAGAUGGUCUACAAGGGACAUCGCAAUGCAAGGACUAUGAUUAAAGAAGCUAAUUUCUGGGGUGACAAGUAUGUGAUGAGUGGGUCCGACUGCGGUCACAUAUUCAUUUGGGAUCGUUACACAGCUGAGUUAGUCAUGUUGCUGGAGGCAGACAAACACGUCGUGAACUGUCUCCAACCACAUCCGUAUUACCCAAUUCUGGCAUCGAGUGGCAUAGAUUAUGACGUGAAGAUCUGGAGCCCAAGUCAAAGAGACAUUGGCUUUGAUAUGGAAUCAGCUAAGGAGGUGACGAAACGAAAUGAAGUCAUGCUAGAGGAGACGAGAGACACCAUCACAGUCCCUGCCUCAUUCAUGCUCAGGAUGUUGGCGUCCCUGAACAACAUUAGAACAGGUCGACAAGAGGAGAGACAGAAUGAAGAGAGUAGUUCAGGAGAGGACUGAGCUGUGAUAUGUUAGAUCUGUAGACUUCGUUUAGAGAUGCAAUCAUGUUUAAGCUGUGUACUUUAAGUUUGUUGACUGCUAAAGAGUAAUAGGUUUAUAACUUGUGAUCUGUAUAAACAUCACAAGACUGGUGUUAUUGUCCAUAUGACAAUCCAGCAGGAGACCAGCUGUCUUACCUCCUUAGGAGGCCAGCCAUCUAGCUACCGGUAGUUCAGAUGACCCCCAAGGAUGCCCACACUAUCACCAGGAUGUUUGACUCUCAAGUUUAUACUGACGACACCUUUGGAUGGGUACACUGUCCCCAUCAAUUGAAAGACUGCAUCUUCAUCAUGGCUGCUCAGGGACGAGAGUUGUCUGGAUUGAUGACUUCCCCAUUUGAUAAACUGUCAAUUUGAAUUUUGAAACUAGUCAUAACUGUGAUGUGUUCUUGACAGUGUAUCAUUUUAUCGAUACAUAACUGUUGUAAACUAAUUUUAUUUAAUAAGAGGGAUUUGCCCCUAGUUGGAAUGUGUUGUGAACUAUAAAAAUAUUUGAUGCGCUAAGAGCUAUGGUAAGAAAACCAUGUUAAUAUGUACAUAAUUAAUGAAAAUCUCUGUGUAUUUAAAUUGUGUCUUCUGUCGCUGUGACGAUAAAUCUUACUGUUGUUGAGUUUGCAAGCUUUUCAUGCAUUGAGGUAUCGUGCAUAUGAAGAGCACUAUGCAUACAGGUAUGAAGAGGUAUUGCUCUGACAGCCUUGUGCUGUAAACCUUAACAUUUUCACUGGUUCGGUAUUCAACACAGUGCACUUACCUUCUAUCAAGUAUGGAUUGAUCUACACUUGGUUAUAUCCAUGCACAUGUUUAUCGUAAUGAAUAUGCAUGAGCUGGGGUAAGUAGUGUCAACAGGCAGGUGGGCCUACACACCCCAAUGAUUACUUGGAAAUUUGUUGCCUACAUCGAGUACUUUGUUCAGCUAUCAACCCUAGAGAUCUGAUAAUGCAUAACCAAAAAUAAACUGGGGGGUAGUAUAGGUAAUAUAUUAGGUCUGUUCCCUUUGGGAUUACCAUGAAAUGACCGAUUAUAAUUCGGAAGGUCUAUGCCUCGAUGUUCCUCCCCUCCGCUUGUUGCAAAUUUGAUAUGUCAUGGUGGAGAUUCAAAUUAUCAAUAUGUGUUCCAGGCUACGAUAUAUUUGCCGGAAUCUUUUUUCGAGAUAUUUUAAAGGGGUUCAAAGCCUCUCCUUACACCAGCCCCUGAACGAUUUUGUCAAAUCUGCUGUGGCCCUUGAAUCGCCACCAAGUAUUUUACUGCAAGGACUAUUUGUUUGCUACCUGUAUUAAAAUGCAUGAACGGGGGAUAUGCAUCUCAACAUUUUACCUCUGAAUGUCAAGUAAUAAAUAGGAAUGUUCCAAUA